CGCAAACAGCGAUAAUUCAAUUUUGCAUUAUUAUAUGUACUUUUUAGUUUACUCGAGUUCCCAAAAAUCACCGUUAAUUUUGUUUCGGCCGGUUCUUUUUUACCAUUAUAACAAUUCGUUAUCGCUUUUUCACACCGACCGUCGGUUUUCUUAAUUUUUUUUAAUGAGAUAAAUUGAGUAAAUAGGACCAGUCCACACUCACACAAACACCGUACCUAUCGACCAUAAUCGUUUGUAAACCGUGGCGUCGGUUUUACUGUAUAUGGUGUUGCUCGAGAGACCAUAAAUUUUUCUUGCUUCAUCCAAAAUGGCACGCGAUAAUCAAAAAUCACAUUUCGGCACGGCUUUGUCGAACUUGCACAACGGUUAUACGGACUCGUUGCCCGGCCGAGAGGAACAAAUCGAACGUUUGCGAUCUUUUCUGACCAAACACAUCGACGACCACGUUCCUGCCUCCAUGUAUGUGUCUGGACCGCCUGGUACUGGCAAGACGGUAUCGUUGCAUUCGCUGUUCAACAGCGACGUGGUCACCAAAAAUUUCAAUAUCGUCUACGUGAAUUGCGGUAUGAUCAAAUCAGCAAAUCGAGUAUAUAUUAAAAUUGCUGAACUACUGAAACUUGCCGGUAGUACGGCACAAAGAGAAUGCAAAGUAGCUAUUGAGAAAUACUUGAAGAGCAAACAUAAGUCCGUCUUACUAGUCCUAGACGAAAUCGACCAACUGUCAACAAAAAAUCAAACCAUAUUGUAUCAAAUAUUUGAAUGGCCGACCAUUACCAACUCCAAUAUUGUCGUUAUUGGUAUUGCAAAUUCUUUAGAUCUUACCGAUCGACUAUUGCCCAUGCUCAAGUCUAAAAUUUCUCUACAACCAGAAUUGCUCAAUUUUCCACCUUAUACAAAAUCCGAGUUGGCCAAUAUCAUUUCACACAGACUAGAAAAGUCUGGAAUUUCCGACAUGUUUCCAGCCAAUGCCAUUCAACUGUUGGCCGCCAAAAUUGCAUCUUUUCGAGGUGACGUACGUUACGCAUUAGACGUCACAAGACGAGUUAUUGAAUUAGCAGAUGAAAAAAUAGAGAAAAAAAUAGUGCUAGGAGAUGUCAUGGCAGUAUUGAACAAUGUAUAUUCAACGUCUAGUGCGCUGGACAAUAAUGACGAGAAUACUGAGAAACUUCCGUUACAACAAGAAUUAGUAGUUUGCGCUUUACUGUUGAUAUUAUCUUCGAGUAAAAAAAGUCAACCAAUUACUGUUGGAAGGGUAUUUGACGUUUUCAAGAAAAUCUGUACCCGAAGAAACAUUCAAGCCAGGGACUUGAGCGAUUUUAUAACCAUGUGUUCGUUAAUAGAAACUAGAGGGAUUAUAAAAAUUCAAGGACAAAACGUUAAUAGACUUUCUAAAGUAAUCAUGCUUUGGGAUAAAAAUGAAGUGGACGACGUUCUUCAUGAUAAACAAAUUUUAGUCGAUAUUUUAAAUGAUAAGAAUUUAUUGUAAUGAUAAGUGUAUUUUUUUAUUAUUAUUAUUUGAAUGCACUGUACUAUUUUUUUAAUUUUGACUAUUUUAUAUUAUUAUAAAUUAAAUAUUCACCAAUUUUUAUUAAUUUUUAUUUUACGAUAUAUGUUUAUAGUGAUGUAUAUUUAU